AAUUAGCACAGUUUACAUUUUCUACUGACAGAAAUAUUUCUUCAUGAUCAUAAUAAUCAUAAUAUUAGCUGAAUUCCCACAGACAGGCGAAGACGCAGGCUCCACCUCCUGCUUCUCUGUGGCUUUAAUCACCUCUCAUACAUCUCUUUCCGGUCCGGGUUAAUCCCACCUCCCUCCUGCUCUCACCACAGAAACAAAUGUUUCAUUCUUUCGUCUGGUGUGAAAAUGCAAUUUAUAAAAACAGUGUCUUCUCUCUAACCCAGGACUGGAUCUAGCGAACAGAACAGAAACCGCUCUCAAAGAAACACAUGUGAUCCCGUGCGAUGAAGAUGGGAUGACAGGAGGAGGAGAGGAGCCGCCGCAACAGCUCGAUGGAGACGCAGAGAAGCAGAGGGACAGUGCGAACAUGCGAUUGGACGGAACACAAAGCACCGCGGACAGCGACGAUGACUCGGCUCCGCAGGAAAGCUCUCGUCGCACUUUUCCUCUUCACGCUCUUCAUUUUCGGGACCAUGAUGGGGCUCAGGACGCUGAAGCCCAGCGACGGCUUCUCGGACAUGGCCCCCGGUAUGGACUUCACCGGGGAGAGGUCGGACAGGCGGCGGCUGGAUGUGAAAGACGUGGCCGUGUCGCCGGGCCAGUUCCACAUGGGCAGCAGCGACACGAAGGUGGUCUUCACCAAAUCUGACCGAGAUUACAGCAUAUUCUACGACGUUCACAUAUUCUACUACCUGUGGUACGGCUCUCCCAGCAUGGACAACAAGUAUAUUCACUGGGAUCAUGUGCUGGUGCCGCACUGGGACCCUAAGAUCGCAGCCAGUCACGCUCAAGGAAAACACACACCUCCGGAAGACAUUGCCUCAAGUUUUUACCCUGAGCUGGGACCCUACAGCUCCAAGGACCCAAAGGUGCUGGAGUCACACAUGGCCCAGAUAGAAGCAGCUGCAGCAGGGGUGCUGGUCUUGUCCUGGUAUCCUCCUGGGGUGGCAGACGACCACGGAGAGCCCACCGAGGACCUGGUUCCUGCUGUCAUGGACGCCGCCCACAGGCACAGCAUCAAGGUGGCCUUUCACAUACAGCCAUACAAAGGACGGACGGACCAGAGCAUGCAUGACAACAUCAAAUACAUUACUGACAAGUAUGGCAAACAUGGCGCCUUCUACAGAUUCAGAUCCAGCACAGGGCGAGUCCUGCCUCUUUUUUAUGUCUACGAUUCCUACCUGACACCACCUGAGUCGUGGGCAGAGCUCCUGACAGCCAAAGGCUCCCAUAGCAUCAGAGGCACGCCUUACGAUGGCAUUUUCGUCGCCCUCAUCGUAGAAGAGCGCCACAAACAUGACAUCCUAGCCAGCGGCUUUGAUGGCAUGUACACCUACUUCGCCUCCAACGGCUUCUCCUUUGGCUCGUCCCACCAGAACUGGAAAGCCAUCAAGGCCUUCUGUGACGCAAACAAUCUGCUGUUCAUCCCCAGCGUCGGCCCAGGGUACGUAGACACAGCCGUUCGACCGUGGAACAACCACAACACCAGGAACCGGGUGAAUGGACGUUACUAUGAGACAUCCCUGCAGGCAGCUCUGUCUGUCAGACCGGAAAUUGUCACCGUUACUUCCUUUAAUCAGUGGCACGAAGGAACGCAGAUAGAGAAGGCUGUACCCAAGAAAACAGUGACCCGUUUGUACCUAGACUACCAACCCAACCAGCCUGACCACUACUUGGAGCUCACACGUCAGUGGGCUGAGAACUUCAACAAGGAGAAGGACAAAUGGCUGAUGUAAACGCGGUUUAUUUCUCUGGUAGAUGCUGAGCCUGACCACAAAUGACAAUAUGUCAGCUCUCACUGUAGAAAGACCACGACUUUGUUCUUAACUGUUUUUCUCCAUUUUAGCACUGCUGAUGAGCUUUUCCCCAAAUGUUCACUCUGCCCUCACAGUUUUUAAUCACUAACAUUUUUGUACAGAUCAAUAAUGUCACUGCUUUGUUGAAGUUACGAGGUCACAGUGAUAGAUUGCCAUUGUUUCCUGAUAACAAACCAGUUCAGUAUCUGUUUGUGACACGAAGAAAGUUCGGCAAUGUACAGUAACUCUGCUCUGUUUCUUAUUUUCUUAUAGAACACUGUUCCUGUUUUAAGACUGUUCCUUCUUGUAUUUCCUUGAGGACGAAUUAAAAUGUGUGUAUGUUUA